AGGCAGCCGGAGGCAGGGACCAGGCCAGCUCAGACACAGCGCAGGCUGCUGCUUGGAUAACAUCGGAAACGAUAACUAUGAGAGGAGAUAAGUUCACCAGCUGAGCCGAGCUGGCUGACAGCAGUUGUGCCGAUCUCUACACAGACCUCUGAAACUGGUGGUAGCCGAGAGUUCUUGGGACAGUUUGUGGUCCCGGUAAAACAACUUGUUUUUUCGGACACUCCGGUGGCAGUAGCGGUCGCUGAAGCGGCGGCGGCGGCUGGAGCAGGGCGUAGUGUGCGGGCUUUGGCGGCGUCGAUGGUCCUGCUGCUAGCGAAACAUGAACAAAAACCACCGAGUACCGAGCAGCCGUUCUCUGAGUGCCGUGGAGGUGAAAAGCAAGUUUGGCGCAGAGUUCCGUCGGUUCUCUCUGGAUCGCUCGAAGCCAGGCCGCUUUGAUGAGUUCUAUGGCCUUCUGCAGCACGUUCAUCGCAUCCCCAACGUGGAGCUGCUGGUGGCCUAUGCUGAUGUGCACGGCGACCUGCUGCCCAUCAACAAUGACGACAACUAUCUUAAGGCCGUCAAGAGUGCCAACCCUCUGCUGAGGCUCUUCCUGCAGAGGAAAGAGGAAGCUGAUUACACAACAUUUGGUACAGACUCACUGACCAGGAAGAAGAAUACGGUGCUCUCUGCGGUUCUCCUGCGGCCUGACCCCAACAAGAAGAAACCUCCAGUGAUCAUAAGCCUCCCAAAAGACUUCCGCCCUGUGUCGUCCAUCAUCGACGUGGACAUCCUCCCGGAGACGCACAGGCGUGUCCGUCUGUACAAGCAUGGUCAGGAGAAGCCCUUAGGUUUCUAUAUCCGCGACGGCUCAAGCGUGCGAGUGACUCCACAGGGCCUGGAGAAGGUCCCAGGGAUCUUCAUCUCUCGCCUGGUGCCCGGUGGCCUGGCUGAAAGCACAGGCCUGCUGGCUGUCAACGACGAGGUUCUGGAGGUGAAUGGCAUCGAGGUGGUGGGCAAGUCUCUGGACCAGGUGACGGACAUGAUGAUUGCCAACAGCCACAACCUCAUCAUCACCGUGAAGCCUGCCAAUCAGCGGAACAAUGUCGUUCGCGGCGGUGGAGUAGGCGGCGGCGCUGCCUCUGGUAGUUCGUCAGACAGCGGUGCCAGUUACCAUGGCUAUUUACCCCACGGCGCAGCUGCCACUGCCGGGCCGACACACAUCAUCCAGAACUUCUCCGUUGGGGAGCUAGAGAGCGAUGAAGACGACGAGGACGUGGUGAUCGAAGUGGGGGGCGAGGCAGAGACCAUUCGGCGCACUCCGUCGAACUACAGCAUGCCGUCUCUGCCUCGCUAUGAACCACACCUCAAUCUUCGCACAGCCACUGCCGCCAAUUCCGGCUCUGCCUUCUCCAUAAAUGCCAAUGGGAACUUGCGUGGCAGCGGCGGCAGCAGCGGAUCUCUCACCAACACCAAUGCCAGUUCCACCACGCCGUCCCCCGACAGAGCGAAGGAGAGGCGGAACCUGGAGGAGGAGGGCACAGUCAUCACGCUGUAGACUGGGUUUCAACACACUGAUCACUGGGAGGUGCAGCAGCGUCUCAAACGCAUUCAGUGGCCUCAUCUGAGGAGCACAGUUAUAUGGGUAUGUGUUGAACAUCAAACACUCCACCAUAUGCUGCUCCCUACAUGCCAAUCAUCACGCUGGAGUGCCAUAGUGGUGAUCAGAAGGAACACAGAGCCACUGCUGCUCUCCAGUUCAUCUCGAAACCAGUGCAUUUUGUGGGUUUUAGCUUUUUAACUGGUAAACUCAACACCCUCAUUUGGUCUUCAAAUAUUUUCAUUGAACACGUUGGCUCCAUGGCAUUACAAAUCUAAGCAAUCUACAAUUGCUAAGGAUUCACCAAUUCCGAUUUUGGUAGAUAGCAUUUUUUUUUUCUUUUUGGUCUGAGAAGUUGCUAAUUAAGACCGGCGAUGGAUAAGAUUGGUGAAUAAGAUCAGUGUCUUAUGCAAAUAUCUGCUGAUUGCUGAUCUCUCAAAAUUAAGGAAAUCAGGGCCGAUUUAUCAGUGCACCCCUACUCUCUAACUCAGUUGUUAGUUGACAAUCACCUGCUUUCUAUUUGCAUUUACAUCAUCCAAAUGGUAAACACUACUUUCCAGCAACCUAGUUUGUUUUGAUGGUUUUAACCACUGUUAUUACCCUUCUUCCUUUUAGUACCUCAUUAUAAGGGUGACCGACUGCAAAAAGAAGGUCAUCAUUAUUAUUUGACGGCCUCAAUGAAAACAUUUUACUCUGAAACCUGCUUUAUUGUCAUUGCUAUUCAUGGAGAUUAUUUUUUCCUUAGAAGACCAAUUUUGAGUGGUGAUUAACUCCAGAAUAAGAUAUCUGUGAACAAAUCAUGCUAUCUGUCCUUCAUAUUGCACUCCUGCUUCUCAUUAUUGUUUCCCCUGCCAUUUGGUUGACUUGUGAAAUAAUGUGAAUGCGAUUUUCAUGGUUCUUUCUGGAUCAAUAUAUUUAAGAUUAUUCAGCCAUUAUCUAAAUCAUGCCAUGACUUCAUAAAGAUGUAGAUACACUUUUUAGCGCCAUUGGUGAAGAUGUUUGAACAGCCUUGAGUUAAACAGGUCGAACAAACCAAAAUUUGAGUCCUCCCCCAAAAAUCCCAAUAAAUAAAAUUCUAAUCUGGAGUGCAUGUUAGCAUGAACUCUGCACAACUCCAGGACUCAAAGUGUAAACCACAAAAAUGUGUAUAUAAGAAUUCAAAACAUGCCCAAAAUGCUUUCAGAAAUGGAAUUUAGAUUAGUGGGGGGUUUUUAAACACAAUUUUACAAACAGGAUUUUCUCUAACUCGUCUGCCAUUUGCCAUCAUUCCUAUCAAAUCCCCCAUUUCCAUUCAGCUGUAAUACAUCGACAAGCGUGCUGACGGUCCAAAAAUAGCGUUGCUGUAACCAUGUUGGUAAACACAACCUCUGAGGUGAGUUAGAUGACGUGUCUGUGUCCCUGCUGAGGUUGAGUCACCGCUGAACACACAGCUGCAGGUACAGCUGACACAAACUCUCUCUCUUUGUUAAAGGUGAGGCCGCGUCGUCUUAUGAACCACAUGAUAAUAAUCUAAGAACCACCAAAGGAGCCAUUUUUGCCCUGUCUUUGUGUUCUGCACUUUUUCAUUCUUUUCAAUUUAACCUCCAGUGUCUUGUUUUUUUAUUUUAUUUUAUAAAGUCUAUAUCAUCUCAGAAGUAAAUGAAACAAUAUGAAAGCAUUAUGGUGACGUAAAAGUAGAUCCACAGAGGAUCUACUGAUUGUUUAUGCCUCACUGAAACUGAAAUGAUGCAUACUCAGCAAAAAAAAAACAACAUUCUGCUCAGAUUCUGGAAUAAUUAUGAGAAAUAUAUAGAUUUUUGAAGGGUGCACACAUUGUAAUGAUGUCGUAUAGAACAAUCUGAUAAAGUACAGUAAUAUUAUUAGUAAUACCACAUCACAUACUUCACAUUUCAGUUUGACUCAUAAACGUCAGUAAAAACACGAGGAAGCACAAAAUAAUGAAUGAAUGAUCACUAAAGACUUAAAUGUCAUCUGGGAAAAAAUGACCCCCUCUGGUGGUUCCAGUUGGUACUGAAAUGUUGGUGGUUUUUAUCCUUUGGUCUAAUAUUUCAAAUGUUUUUAGAAUAAUAUCUUAAAAUAAUUGAAUUGAAACCCUUUCAAUUCCAGACAGAACCAUAAACGAUACGUCCUUUUCUGUUGCAAACUCCCUCUGUGAAGUGAGAGCACGUGGUCUAUGGAUUUUCAAGUAUCUCCUUAUUGAAGUGCUAAGCCUUACUUUAGCAUUUAUUUUACUGUUGCACAUAAAACCAGGGUCCACACUGUCACUUUUAGCAAAUUAUGCAAGUGAAAGUAUAUUCAUUUAAAUUGAGUCAAUGCUCAUGUCCAUAAUUUGUCGCUGUGUUUACUAUCUUAGGCUUUUAGAUUGUGAAAUUCCAUGACUGAUUAAAAUGUUUUUAUAACAGCACAGGGUACUUACUACGUUUGAUGUUUUUGGCCUUGUGCAUAGUCCACAAAAUGCAGCAUUCCCAGCACAAAGCAUAGCAAUGAACCAUACUCUAAAUGGAAAUCUAUAAUUAUUACUUUAUUACCUUUAUCUCUGAACUACAGCACAUGACACUGGAAUUGUAACUACAUCAAAUUUUUUUUAUUUAUUCUGUAAUCUUCAUAUUUUCUUUCUUUGUACACAUUAUGCUAUUAUAUUUUUAUAACAGAUAUGUUUGGUUUUUUGUUGUGUAAUCAUGAUCAUUUGUUUUUUCUGUUUUUGGUCAUAAAUCUCAAGGUACAGUAGAGAUUUCUUUCAAAUUAAUUUCUAUAGAUUUUACUGCUCUGUUUAAAGCUUAAGGAGAAUCUCUGCUAAAUAAAUUAAAGACCAUUUCUAUUUUCUUUCCUCAUACUGUGAAUUAUUAUUUUUUGGUGACAGCGAGACAGUUGUAUUAACAACCACAUAGGCAGAUGUUUGGUGUCGACUAUUUUUUAAGUGAUCAGGUAAUAAUUUUUUUGUUUUCUAGCCAGAUAAAUCCUGUGAUGUAGAUUUGUAAUGAAGAAUGUCAGUAUUUUCAUAUCAAUGCGUAUAUGUAUGAUGGACAUUUUUAUCAUCUGAAGGAUAUUGUUAUAAGGUUGAACUGGGAAUAUAAGAAAAAGUAGAUGCACACCUGUAACUGCUGACUGGUGGAGCUGGAUACAAUAAACUAAUAUGUAGCAAUA